AUUAUGUACACCAUAUUAAGAGAGACAGAUGACUCUACUGCAGUAGGUUUCAGCGAAUAUGGGAAAUUUUUGCCUGGAAAUGGUAUGCAGUUGGUAACUGUUGGAGCAAAAAAUUUGCGGAUACAUCGGAUCAAUCCGUAUGCGUUAAUCCCUGAAGGGGAACAGUGGUCCCAGACGACUAGAUUGGAAUGCCUUAUUAGUGUUAGGCUUGUUGCUCCUGUAAAGUCGUUUGCCAUAGCGAGGAUCCCUCAAAAUCCGUCGUACGAUAGUAUGUUAUUAUGUUUUGACGACGCAAAGCUAUCCGUUGUUUGCGUAGAUCACGCCGAGCGGAACUUGAAGACGAUUUCUCUGCACUGCUUCGAAGAUGAUAUGCUUCGUGAUGGAUAUGUUAAGGAUCUCCCGCCUCCUUUAAUCAGGGUCGAUCCGGGCCAAAGAUGCGCUGCAAUGCUUGUUUUUGGAAGAUAUCUUGCUGUUUUACCUUUUGAUGACGCUGCGCACUUACAUACUUACACAAUUUCUUUAACCUCUUUUGACUCUCGCCUUGUGAAUAUUCUUGAUAUAGCUUUUCUAGACGGGUACUACGAACCAACACUUGUAUUUCUUUAUGAACCGUCGCAGACAACUGCUGGAAGAGCAAGUGUUCGUUACGACACCGUCUGUGUGCUUGGUGUUUCACUAAAUGUCAAGGAACAAGUUCAUGCAACCGUUUGGCAGUUGAGUAGCCUACCCAUGGAUGCUGCGCAGAUAUUACCCGUUCCUCUCCCUAUUGGGGGGGCGUUGGUCUUUGGUACAAAUGAAAUCAUUUACUUAAAUCAGUCAGUUCCUCCGUGCGGCAUUUUCGUCAAUAGUUGUUUAAAUGGUUUUACAAAAUUUCCUCUCAAAGAUGCCAAAGAUAUGGCCUUAGCUUUAGACGGCUGUGUAGCCUGUGUAAUUGUUUCUAAUAAGGUAGCGUUGUGUACGAGAGAUGGUUAUUUGUAUGUAUUGUCUUUUGUGGUAGAUAGCACUAAUUGCGUGAAGUCUUUGGAGUUAAAAAAGUCCUUAGAGAUCCCUGCACCUUAUACUUUAACUUCCUGUUCAUCGGGUUAUUUAUUUAUUGGUUCUCGGCUUGGAGAUUCCGUUUUUGUACAGUACACGAGCGAACAAGUCGUAGCAGACGAACCUGCUCCAAAGAAUAUAAAGGUUCACUUGAAUACUGAUCUGGAGGAUGAGGACAUCGAACUUUAUGGAAAAGCGCUGCCUACUGUUGCCAAAACAGAAACGACGGAAGUUUUGAAAUUUCGCGUGCUCGACAGGCUGUUGAAUAUCGCUCCUUGCAAGAGAAUGACAGCAGGUUGUCCGCAUGGCCUUAGCGAGGCUUUCCAGCAGCGGCAUACUUCUGAUCCUAUUUUUGACCUGGUAUGCGCGUGUGGACACGGUAAAGACGGUUGCAUAAAUAUUUUUCAACGUACUAUUCGCCCUGAUAUCAUAACUAGUAGCAGCAUUGAAGGCGUCUUACAGUGUUGGGCUGUUGGGAAACGUGAGGAUGACACACAUAUGUAUGUAAUUACUUCAGAAGAAAUGGGGACGCUAGCUUUGGAAACAGAAAAUGAUCUCGUAGAAUUAGAAACACCUUUAUUUAUUACUGCUGAAACUACUAUUGCUGCUGGAGAACUUGCUGAAGGAGCGCUUAGCAUACAAGUGACUACAUCAAGUAUUGUCGUUGUUGCUGAGGGUCAGCAGAUUCAACACAUUCAUCUCCAGUAUACUUUUCCAGUUGCAGGCGCUUCUAUAGUUGAUCCAUUUAUUGCAAUAUGCACUCAGAAUGGUAGAAUCUUUUUGUUUGAACUAACCAAUCGUCCUCAUAUUCAUAUAAGGGAAAUUGAAGUGUCUAGUGAAUUAUAUCACAGCUCUUCUCCAGUAACAGCUUUGUCGCUUUAUCGGGAUAUGAGUGGUAUUCUUCAUUUUUGCUCAGCGUCAUCAUCUACAGUUCAAACUAGUGUCAGCACGCGCUUUGAUAAACAGCAAGAUUUCGAUGAUUUUGAUGACUUGUUGCUGUAUGGCGAUUCGCAGAAGAGGCAAAGGGAUUCAAAAAAACGACGAAAAUUAAUUGGUAACCGACAAAAGUUAUGCGAAAAUCCUCAUCUUGAGACAGAUGUGAUUGAUCCAAAUACAAUAGUUCCAUCGCACUGGCUUAUUUUGGCUCGCGAAAAUGGAAACUUAUAUAUUUAUUCGCUUCCAGAACUUCAUCUUGUAUAUAUGGUUAAAAAACUUAGCCAGUUGCCAGAGUUGGCAGUUGAUUAUACUGGGGAGGAGAUUGCAGCUAUGGAUACACCUGAUUUAGGAUCCGAUAUGAGCGCUGAUGCACUUGCAGUAAAACCAGAGGAAAUUAUAGUGGAGAUGCUUAUGGCUGGUAUGGGAAUGAAUCAGGGCAGACCAUUCUUAUUUAUUCUUAUUGAUGAUACUGUCUGUAUUUACGAAAUGUUUGAAUAUGAUAAUGGCGUUUUGGAACACUUGGCGAUUAGGUUUAAACGAGUACCCUACUCAUGUAUCACACGGCAUUUGCGAUUUCAAGGCACAGAUGGCAGAGCAGAAGUUGAGAUGGCGAGGGACACCGUUCGAUUGAGGACUGUUUUUCAUCCUUUUGAGAGGGUUGGGAAUAUUCUAAACGGAGUCUUUAUAUGUUCUGCAUUCUCCUACCUCUUUUUCGUCGACAGCGGAAUACCUCGAUUACAUCCUUUAAGCAUUGAUGGUCCUCUGCUAUCGUUUACGGCCUUCAAUAAUGCAGUCUGUCCUAACGGUUUCAUAUAUCUAACGGAAGAAGGCAAAAUCAUGAGGAUUGCGAAACUUUCAGACGAAUUUGAGUUAGAUUCUUCGUAUCCUGUUCGCAAAAUCAAGAUUGGUUGUACUGUCAAUAGUGUCCUCUACCUUUUGCAAUCGAAUACUUAUGUUGUUGUGAAAAGCGAAAAGAAAAACAAUGCGAAGCUGUGUGUUCUGAUAAAUGAAGACAAAUCUUUUGAGGAACAUGAAAGGCCGGAGUCGUUUGUCUUUCCAAAGCUGGAUAUCUACACAGUAUCGUUAUACUCUCCGGAAGAUUGGAAACCCAUACCAAACACUGAAAUAAGUUUUGAAGACUUCGAGGUCGUUACUUGCUGUGAAGAGGUUCUCUUGAAAUCUGAAAGUACUGUUGCGGGUGUUCAGAAUUACUUAGCGAUUGGAACGGCUUGCAAUUAUGGAGAAGAAGUUUUAGUCAGGGGCCGCAUUAUUAUUUCAGAGAUAAUUGAAGUAGUUCCAGAACCGGGUCAACCAACAAGCAAGCAUCGCAUUAAAACUCUGUAUGACAAAGAACAGAAAGGUCCGAUAACUAGUAUGUGCGCAUUGAAUGGUUACUUAUUAACUGGAAUGGGACAAAAAAUAUUUAUAUGGUUGUUUCGUGAUAACAACCUUCAAGGAAUAUCUUUUCUUGAUCUCCACUUCUACAUCCAUAGUUUAGUGUCGAUUAGGAAUUUAGCUCUUGCAUGUGAUUUGUAUCGUUCGGUCUCACUGAUACGGUAUCAGGAGGAGUAUAAAGCAUUAUCUUUAGCCAGUAGGGAUAUGAGGCCUACCGUCCCAUCCCCAAUGGCCGCUCAGUUCUUGAUUGAUAAUCGACAGAUGGGGUUCCUCAUGACAGAUGAAGCUUGCAACUUCUCUGUUUUCAAUUACCUUCCUGAAACGGUAGAAUCAUUCGGGGGGGAAAAGCUCACAUUAAGGGCAGACAUUAAUAUCGGCACUGCAGUUAAUGCCCUUGUUCGAGUUAAAGGACAUGUGUCCAAUGGGUUUGUGGAGAACAAAGAGUUCUCAGCUGCUCGGCAGAGCGUUAUUUUUGCCUCCUUAGAUGGUAGUUUCGGAUUCGUGCGGCCGUUAUCAGAAAAAGUUUUUCGUCAUUUACAUAUACUCCAGCAGUUAAUGUCUUCUAUGCUUCCGCAGCCUGCUGGUCUCAAUGCGAAAGGUUCACGAGCUGCACGUCCGCAUCAACCGAAUCAUACCGUUAAUACACGUAACAUUGUUGAUGGUGAUUUCGUAUUCCAGUAUUUAUAUCUGCCAUCACACGAGAAAAAUGAGCUAGCUCGAAAAUUGGGUAUGAGCAGAUAUCACAUAAUGGAUGAUCUCAUUGAAAUUUCACGCUUAACUUCGCUUUUUUAA